AUGUAUAAUGCUUGUAAUGAGUUAUUAUUGUUGUCUUCUAGUACACAGACCUCUACUGUUGGAGAUUCAACAGUCAGGCUACUACUGGGUGUGGAUGUUAUUCAGUCACCAUUGAUGACAGUGUUACUGGACAAACUAGCAGAGUUUCAGGGAGGAGAAGAUGACUUUAUUUUCCAUCAAGGCCAGAAGAUUUAUGUCCCUCGACUUUUGCUGAGUCAGUUCCGUUUUCUUGACAGAAUUGUUGAUGGCAAGGAAUUAUCAAAGAAGCUUCUGGAAAUCCUCAACAUUACAUCAGUAGGUGUGCAGAAGGAGAUCAUGGCUUGUAUUCCAGACAUUGUAGAAGACACCGAACAUGGGGAUGUGGCCAAAAAACUCCGAGAUGAGCUGAGAAGUAACACUGAGCUGACAUGUUCAGUGAUUGAUGCUCUGACCUACUUGAACAUUUCCGCAGACUUGGUCACAGAGAUGCGUAAUUCAGUUGUAGAAAUGCUAAAGUCUUUCAGCAUCCAUGAUUUGCCUAUUGUUGUUAACUUUUUGCUGGAGUCUGUCUCUCCCCAAGAAGCUUUGGAGGUUGUGAAUGAAAUCAGAUCAAAUGUGGACUUCACAACAUCAUCCAGACUGACAGCUACAGAGAUAGAAAAAGUGAAAACCAGCAUAAAACUGACUGUUGAUGCAUUGAAAGGGCGGAUGCAGUUCCAUCGUUUUGUUGCAGAAGCUUGGAUUAAGGCACUGGACGUAGCUAAGGAUUUCAAGAUCAUUGACAUCUUUAUUUUGUUGAUGCUGCAUUGGAUGAAUCAUAAGAAGGCGGUCGAGAGCUUGGUCCGUAACAAGAUUCGAGCAGGGAUUCUCACCGAGGAACUUGUGAAUAAUGUAUUUACAUCUUAUACACAGGUGAUUCGGGAGUACUUUCCCUCAGUCUUAUCCUUGGCUCAAGCUUUAAUUCGCUCAGCAGAGCCCGUGAUUUGUUGUGUGGGGAUGCACAAUUUACAAACAAGCUUUCACGAAAUCAUUGGCAACCUGGUCACUCAUAUUGGCAGUGGAUUCGCUGGCGAAAUUGAAGCGUCGCUGGAUAUUCUGACUGAACUAGUCACACACCAGCUACAGGCGGUUUCACAGUUUGCCAUCUUUGUUAAGGGUGUCCUGGACUAUCUGGAUCACAAUAACUUGACCGUUGCCCAGAUACGGAAGCUGUACCUGUUGCUUGCACAGCUGGCUUUUCAUGAUACCCACAGUGGACAUUAUCUCCAGGACGAUCUGCACAUUAUUGUCCGCAAGCAGUUGACCAGUGGCAAUCCACGGUACAAGCGUAUGGGUGUUAUGGGAGCUGUCUCUAUCGUUCACGCCAUUUCAUCGAGGAGUGAAGAAGACAGUGAUACUUUGUCCACAGAAGAUUACAACCAGGUGAUCAGCCUUCUAGAGCUGGUUCAGAGCAACGGCAGACGAGACCCAGAAACAGCUGCUUUGUUUAUUGACAGUUUAGGCACCAUGAUGAAGACACAAAAACUCUCCGGAAAAGUCGAAGCUUGGAUUGCCACUAAUAUGACUGACGUGUUUGAGCUCAACUUUGUAGCUGACAUUAUCGCAGAUGCCCACUUGAAGGAAAACACACUAUUACCUAUUGAUGCGCUGUUUGGUUUAAAUAAUGAAAGUGAAAGCACAAUAGCCAUUAACCUGGUGCCGUUGGCAGAGAAACAGCUAAACAACAAAGUUUCCCAGCAGAAAGACAGCUCUGAAAACAAUCUGGCGUGUCUGGCACCACUUUUCCAUCUUGUUACCAUCUGUGAGCUCAGGCAGUCAGAGGAGAACCUGGAGAAUAUCGAUGCACUUCUAGGCUGUCCUGUGUUGAUGGUUAGGCCUUCUGUGUAUGCCAAGUUUGAACCCUUGAGCCCUGCAGAAAAAGAUCUGGCAUGUGCCAGCUUAUUCUUCUGCAUUAACUGGUUCCGGGAGGUGGUCAACAGCUUUGCUCCCAUGUCUGAUCCAGAAAUGAAGGCAAAGGUGCUGAUGCGACUGAAACACAUCACGGAACUGGGGGCCUUACUGAGGAAAUGUUUGUCCACACACAGAAACUUCCAGCCACCCACUGCUAUAUUUGAUUGUGAAGCUGUUCCAGCAAAAGCCAUUACUGCAGGACCAUCCACAUCUGGGAAAGAAGUAAAAAAGAAAGGAAAGAAGGCUGGUGCGAAAAAGAAAGAGAAGGAAAAUUCAGUAGAUGGAGAAGAGGCACCUUCAACUCUGAUUAUUGAAAGCAUCACUCAGGCAGAUGUUUCAGUACAAUCUCAAAAUGUAGCGUCAAAAAGCGAAGAAGCUGCCAUGGAUUUGUCAAAUUAUAGACAGUAUUUCCGAGAAUUAGAUAUAAAGGUGUUCACGAUACUUAAGACAGGGCUUAUUAAAAAAGCAGCUUUAGAUUCACAGAUGAAUACAAAAACAAAGGAAGAACUGCAGAUUGGAUUGCCAGAGCUUCAAUUUUUGCUGGAGGAUUUGUCUCUAAAAUUAAGCCAUUCGCUGAUCGCUUCUGCCUACAAAAGGCGAACCUUCCUCAAAGCAAAAACAGACAAGAAGGUGGGGUUUACAUUACUAGACCUAUAUACGCCAGCAGAGAUUGCAGCUUAUGCAGUGGAUCUUCUUCCCUGCCUGUGUGACCACUUGGAGACAGCCUGUUGCAGAUUCUCACAGGAGUCCCUAACAAUGACAGCUUGCUUCCAACUACUGCUUCAGUGCAUUCUGUCACUGCUCUCCUGGAAUGGGUUCACUAGUGAAGAACACAGACCACUUCUCAGAAAUGCUCUCAAGGCUGUGGUGAUACGCCUGAGUGUGUCCAAAGAUCAGAAUUCCUUUAUUUCACAUGAAGACUCGCUGGCCCAGUCAUUCCAGUACUUUGGCAACCUGGUAGAGACAGUGCCUAACCUGGAUACAGCAGUCACUUUACUGAAGUUACUCAUGGUUUUGGCUGAGAACUGCCAUCAAACUGCACUAAAAGGGCAACUUGCAACCCAUGCCAAGAGCUUCUUGAGUAGAGACUGGCGCUGUCCUAAUGGAGAACACAUGAAAGGAGCCAAGCACUGUGAGAACCUGCAGGCUGUGAUCAAAAUAUUUCUGGAGAAUAGCCCAGAACCUCUGGAAGCCUUGGAGAAUGUGGCAUCCAAAGGCCUGGCAACUCUGAUGAACCAAGAGAAGAAUGCCAGAUCGGAGGAGUUUGGUUCUUUGAAUAGACUGACAUUCGCAGUGUACUACAAGGUUGUCAUGGCAGAGCUGAUCAACAACAUCAAGAGAAUACCUGCAGGCAAGAAGUCAGAAUCGGAGGAUGUCAGAGAGGAGAGGCUUCUAUCCUGGGGCAUGGCCAUCAAGGUCCUGCAUGUGACGAUUAUGCUGACCAAGAUGUUUACCGCCAGAAGCAACUUGGGAACAGCUCUGAAAUAUGGCCGCCAGUUUGUGGACAUUUUCCUUCGCCAGGGCAUGCCAUUGUUUGAUGUGACCUUCCGGCGCCAUCAUGCCGUGGUGGAGAGACUUCUGCGUUCUUUGCAGCAAAGUACUCGGGUUUUACAUCAUUUGUGUGGCCACUCAAAGAUUACAAAAGACAUGGCCCUAACAAACCAAGUGCCACCCUUGAAGAGAGCUCUAGAAGCCUUUGUGUACAGAGUCAAGGCCAUGUUGACACUCAACAACUGCCAAGAUGCUUUCUGGGUGGGCAAUCUUAAGAACAGGAACUUACAGGGUGAAGAGAUCCUGACACAGACUUCAACCACCAGCUCCAACAACACAACUGCCGCUGUUGUAGAGGAUGGGAACAUUGGGGAUAAUGAUGAUGAUGAGCAGAAUGCAUCUGGUAUUGAGGAUGAUGAUGACAGUGAAGUAGAAAUGGAUCAAGAAGGUGAUCAGACAGGAGCAGGGGACUCUAAAGCGGAUGGAGACUCGUACAGUGAAGUUUUCUAG